UCGGCUACUUUUUUUCAAUCAAGCACGUUUUCCCUUUCAUGUGACGGAGGGGCCAGCAAAUCAACUACGAAGACAUUUUUCCAGAGGCCAAUAAGAAUCUGAGCUCGGACACUGAAACGCCCCUCUUCAUGUUAGAUUGAACUCCGGUUUCCGUGUCUGUCAAAUUAUUUAGCCAGCCAAUGUUAGCUAGUUAACCGGGAUGACACCCUAAGGAAUGACAAGCUGUUGAGCACUUUCUGCAAAAAUUAAAUCGGGACACACGUAGACAUCUCUGCUAAAGGGACUUUUACAGUUCUCUGGUAAAUACGCAACGGAUGGCCCCGACAGCACUUGUAGUGGGACCUACAUAAAGGAGGGACACCAAUCUGAACCUCUGAAUGAGUAAUGAACUUAAACCCCUUCUGGAGCAUGUCUGGCAAUACAAGUCGUAAGAGGUCUGACAACGAGGAACAGAGCGGGCACGGGGAACAGAGAGCCAGCCCAGCCCGGCUGCCCUUUGGCAAAAAGCAGCUUCCACCGAUUCCGAAGAAUGCAGCCCCGGUUACCAAGCCUGCAUCAACAGGCACCCCUGCCCAGUCGGCCAAUGGCACACACGCCUCUUAUGGCCCAUUUUACUUGGAGUACUCUCUGCUGGCUGAGUUCACACUAGUGAUUAAGCAGAAACUCCCUGGGAUUUAUGUCCAGCCAUCCUACAAAUCGGCACUAAUGUGGUUUGGUGUCAUAUUCAUCAGACAUGGCUUGUAUCAGGACGGAGUCUUCAAAUUCACAGUAUAUAUUCCAGAUAACUAUCCAGAUGGAGAAUGUCCUAAACUAGUCUUUGACAUCCCAGUCUUCCACCCUCUUGUUGACCCUGUGUCUGGAGAGCUUGAUGUCAGAAGAGCUUUCACCAAAUGGAGACGGAAUCAUAACCACAUCUGGCAAGUCCUGAUGUAUGCACGCACAAUCUUCUACAAGAUCAAUACCGCUGAACCACUCAAUCCAGAAGCUGCUGUACUUUAUGAGAAGGAUGUGCAUUUGUUCAAGAGCAAAGUGGUGGAUAGUGUAAAACUAUGCAACAGUCAUCUUUUUGACCCGCCCAAGAUAGAUGAUCCCUACGCAAUAAGUUUUUCUCCAUGGAACCCAGCUGUUCAUGAGGAGGCAAAAGAGCGGAUGUUCACAUACAAGAGACGGCCUGACGAUCACCACAAGGGAACGCAGGUGUCAGGGUUAUCUUGGGUGAAGCCUGGAUCCACACAGCCCUUCAGUAAAGAGGACAGUUCUCCUCAGAGCUGAACCUGCAGUGUCGCAGCAGCAGCCACUAGAGGGCGACACGCGCAUUGGAUGCUACAGCACUGGCUUACCUCCGCUGUUUAAGUGAACUGGAUCCUUGAAACAGUUGGGGGAACUUUAUAUUAAGUCCUCACAUUAUUGCUCAGCUUUAAAAGCUUUGUAGGCAUCUCCUCAAACAGCUUUAGAAUAAGCAGCGUUUGUAUCAUAUUAAUUGACAAUGGCAAAUGGAUGUCUCAGCAACAUCAUUUAGGCUGUGUUGCAAUCAAAGAGCUUUCUCAUUUAGAUUUUCGGAUCCAUGCACAUGUUGGGCUAAGUGAUAUGAUAUUUUGUCCCAAAUGGAGCUGGAAAGUAUGAGGAAAGCAGUUUGCAUUCAUAUGGUAAGUAUAGUGGACUACGUGAUCUAUACCACUUGUUCAAACUGGCUCAGGACUGUUCAUUUGUCAGACUUGGAAUGUUGUCGGUCACAGAUGUGUGAAUGAAACAUCCUUACUGUCACCCCCUCGUUACCCAGUUGAUUGAUGUGGUGUUUUAUAUUUGUUUAUUAUUGGACAAUGAUUUCUUUUUAAUUCCACUGUGUAAACUAUUGUGUUACAUAGUUCCCUAUAUAUAAGCAGAGCAGACAAGUAUGGUUUUAAAUGAGAUGCUUAGUUUUUAAGCUUAUGUAUUUUAUUUUGUCUGAUUUUAAAUCCUUUUGAAUGUUUUAUGUAUCUUUGGUUAUUAAAUGUUUGAUGUGUAAAUAAUGGAUGAUGUGCUAAGCUUUGACUGUAAGAGUUGUUUGCAACGAUACUUGGAUUUUCUAAGUGAUUGUUUUGGUUUUCUUAGCUUAGUUACUUAAACUCCCUUGUAGACGUUUUCUUCACAAGUCAGAGAAGUUGAUGUGGCUUGCUACAUAGAUCUGAAGGAAAAUCAGAUAUUUAUUUUGAUAACGUUUACUUAUUAACCAGCCAUAGAGCAACACCAAAUGGAAUUUAAUCCAGCUACAAGAACCACACCUUUUGUUACGCCAGAUGAAUGUCACUUUGUAUGUGAUAUCUUUCGUCUGUGGGGGGCUUUGGCUUAAUUAAUAGUAAUCCAAGCAGCUUUCAAUAUGCAAAUAUCAUUAAAGGAUGGAGUUUUUUGAAUGUUUGAAAACCUCAGAAUGACUAUAUUAGAAUAGCAGAUAUGGUGCUGAAACCUCUUUAUAUAUGGGUGCUGGGAAAGGCAACCAUGUAACAAAAUUUCAGUGUACUUAACAGAUUGCCAUUUGGGCUGUGGGCAUCUUCCUGCUCCACUUUAUGAAAGACAUCAUUGCUUAGAUGACAUGAGAUUUAAAUAAGUUUCUCUGAAAUCAAUAAAAUGAUGGAAAAAAAAAAAAAA